AUGGCCAGUGGGCAAAACGAACAACAUGUGCGAAAUUGCAGGCGGAGGAGCAGAAAGGAAGAGGUGUGUUAUUUAGUAUAAUCCCACACUACUUACGCAUUUAUUUGCACUCAAAUUUCACUUGUCUCUGGAGAGGUUUGCCACUCAAUAGCCGCUUCCCCUUAUCACGCAUUCUGAAUACAACUACCAUAAUACUUUGCGGGUAUUUUCUUCAUUAUGCAAUAACACGUCCGAAAAGCAUGCUGGUAGUUGUAUUCAGAAUACGCAAUAAGGGGAACCGGCUAUUGUUUGACAAAUUUAUCUAUCAAUUUCUCUUUGACCCAAUGUCUGGCAAUUAAUUUACCCAAAUACACCCUAUAUAUUUUAUUAUUUUAUCCUUCAUGCCCGACAAUUUUACUAAGGGGGAGGAUUGUCAAUUUGAACGUUAGUCCUGUUUUCCUCUCCUGUCACUCCGUCUUCGUGCUAUCGUUAGUUUAGGUGUUGCAUGCAAGUAUCCUGUAUUAAUUUGUAAUGUGACAUAUUUCAUUAAACUAAACUAAACUGACUUGUCAAGACCAAGGGAAGAGUUUUGCAACUUAACCUACAGUACAUGUAGUAUCUGCUAAUUUCGUUUGUUAACGAAUUGAGUUGUAAUUCGUGCAAAUGUGUUCUACGUACACUACAGUACCUUAUUCUUUUACUCUCUCUCUAACACCAGUUGAUCCAUAAAGUAGUCUAUAGCUGCUUAAAUAAUGGAUCAAUUAACAAAUCUGUUUGCCAGUUUCUCUUGUUAACGUACCCAUCGAGUAGUAUUAUUUUACCAAAUGCGCCUUAUUGUAAUGCCAGACGACUUUACUUGUUAAGGGGAGAGUCUUGUCACUUACUGUAAUGAGUAAAAGGUUGAAUGAUGCUAUAUUAUCCCAUUAUUCUUUUUUUAGAAACUGGCACGAAGACUGAAGCAUCUCCACCAUGCAUAUGUUGACUGGAGCCAGAGGAGAGUGGCAAAGGUGGCUGAUGUUCUGAGAAUGGACUUUAUGUCAUCGGAAGAGAGUGAGGUGGAAGAAGAAACCUUGAAAGUUAAACGGUAUAACGUUAGAAGGUUUGCUUGGGAAAGCCGAGAAUUAAGGCGGUUAAAGAAAAAGCUCGACCAAAGACAUCAAGACUCUCUUCCUGGCCUGUCUAAACGGGUAUUUAUUCCAAGGGAGCAAGGAGAACUGUCCAAUAAGCCGAAGCCAGCUAACUGCCCAGAUUGGGCAUGUGUUGUGGAGAAUGCGCCAACAAAUGCACAAGACGAAACGCCUGAUGACUUGGAUGUCACAGCAGAUCUGAAUGUUUCCCGCUGA